UUACUGCUGCUGUCAAAUUUGGCAAUUUUUAUGUUUUCUAUUCAUUUAGUACGGGCGUACGUCUACCUUCUGUUUCGCAUUAAUAUUAUUUCAACAAUUUAUUAAAUAUUUCUCGUUCUCGUUUGUUGUGAAAGAUAAACAUAUUAAGGUGAAAAAUGGAAGCAUUGGACCUCAUUGAAAAGCGCAUCGACAAUUUGAAUCGAAUUUUGGGAACAUUGCCAUCGGAGAGUGAGCCGACCAAUUCAGCAGCUACAGAAACAUUAACAGAUUCGCUAUUGUCGGCAUCUACACUGUUAUCCAGUGCAACUAGCGGUCGUGAAGCCAUCAAUCAAUUCACCAAACGCUCUGCUGAAUUGGAAAAGUAUUUGGAUCCAAAUUUCGUCGAAGAGCAACAAGAUCUUCGCGCUAAAGAGGUUUAUUUGCAAAUGAUUGCACCGGAACUCCAAGAAACAUUCGACCAAUUGGAAGAAAUUAAGAAGUUGGAACCGACAUUGGGAGCGGAAUAUUUUCGUUCGAUGCCAAAUGUUACCGAUAAACUCAAAGCAAUGAAUGAAACCACAUCCGAUUUAACGCAGAAAAAUGAUUUGCUCGAGGAAAGUCUUACACUGGCAAUGCAGCGCUAUGACGAAAUUCACCAAACGCUCAAAGAUUCAUUAAGCUCCAUGAACGAUCGCAUUUCUCGUAUGGAGGAACGAAUGAACAAAAAGAAGCCAUUGAAUGAAGAUAUUUAAAUAAAAUCCACUAUUAGCUCCCAAAUCGAAAGAAAAUUGUUUAUUUUUUUUUUAUUGAAUCUAUUAAAGCCUGAUUGAUACAUUUAAAGUAGAAAAA